GGGAACGGUAGCAAGAUGGCGGCGCUGAAGGAGGAGCAGUGCUACGGACUGUCCUGUGGAAGAGUGAGCAACGGUAGCAAUGUCUCCGUCUUUCACGUUAAACUCACUGACAGCGCACUGAGAGCGUUUGAAGGCUAUCAGAGCAGCAAGGUCCUGUCUUCGCAGCCAUUGAUCAGAUUUAAUGGAAACCAAGGGAAAAUUUCAAUACCACGGUCAGAAAAUUCCAGUGAACUGCAAACGUUUACUUUCUACCUGUCAAAUGUGGGCAGAGAUAACCCCCAGGGCAGUUUUGACUGUAUCCAACAGUACAUCACCAGGGAAGGGAGCAUUCAGCUGGAUUGUUUGGGUGGAAUCCAAGACAAGAUUACAGUAUGUGCCACAGACGACUCCUACCAGAAGGCCAGGGAAAGCAUGGCCCAGGUUGAGGAGGAGACUCGCAGUAGAAGUGCCAUCGUCAUCAAGCCCGGGGGGAGAUACGUAGGCAAGAAGGUGCAGAUCCGGAAACCGGCACCUGGCCUCUCGGACAUUGCCCCACUACGGAGAACAUCUCGGCCCGUCAUCAUCUCUAGCAGUACGCUAAAGAAAGGCACGACUCAGCACAGGCCGCUCCGAGAGCGCCUCAUACACCUGCUGGCCCUCAAGCCUUAUAAGAAGCCUGAGCUGAUCCUGAGGUUGCAGAAAGAUGGCCUCUCACAAUUAGACAAAGACUCCCUGGACAGCCACUUGCAACAGGUGGCAAACCUGAAUGGGAAAGACAAUACCUUCACAUUGAAGGACUUUUUGUACAAGGAAAUUCAGAAGGACUGGCCGGGCUACACAGAAGGAGACCAGCAGCUUCUCAAGAGAAUCUUGUUUAGGAAACAGUGCCAGGCCCAGAACAGCUCUGCCCCUCCACCGGAGAGCCCCCCCAAAGAGCUGGCCAGCAGCUCGCCCUCUCAGAAACGGCCUGCUGCGGACUUCAUCGACCCUCUUGUCAACAAGAAGCCCAGGAUAUCACACCUCGCCAGCAAGGCUGCAACAGCCCCAGUUAAUGGCAAGCUCAGCUCCUCCAAUGGGAGAGGAGAGACAGGAGGAGCGCAGGCAGGAGUGGUUUCUGCGUCAGACGGCGGCAUGACAUCCAGCUCCCAGCAGCUCCCCGUGCUGGACAUCCCUCGUCCUUUCGAAGCUCUGUCGGACGUCAGCAAUGACUCCAGCCACAACGGGAGAGACUGUGACUCUCAGGAAACAGCAGUGUCCGAGAGGCUCAGCCAACCUCCCUCGCUCUUCUCCGUGUCAACAGUGGUUUCCACACCCAGCAUCGGCACAUCAUCUCCUGGGCACACGGUCCUGGACAACCCUCGGGACAAGAACCUUUCAUCCGUCAACAGCAAGUCCAGGAAGAAGUCGAAAAAGCAUAAAGACAAGGAGAAGAGCAAAGACAGGGAGAGGGAGAGAGAAAAGGGGCAAGAAACAGAGAAGGAGAGGAAGAGUCGCGAAGAGCGUGUGCCUGAACCUAAUAGAGCCUGUGAGAUGAGCCCAGGAAACCUCAAAAGCAACAGUAUUCCACACAAAAGCACAGAUCUGAAUGGAAUGUGCAACAGUACCAGUAUUCCUUCAUCAUCACCUGAGGUGGCAGACUAUUUAUUGAAGUACACAGUAAUUGGCUCUCCAGAGCAGCGUCAGAGGUAUAAAAACGAUUUCAACGCCGAGUACAGUGAGUACCGGGGUCUGCAUGCUCGGAUAGAGGGCAUCACCCGGCAGUUCACUGUGCUUGACAAUGAGCUCAAACAACUCCAACAAGGCACAGACAAGUACAAGACAAUCCACAAUCAGAUACUUCAAGAAUAUCAUAAAAUAAAAAAGACUAAUCCAAACUAUAGCCAAGAGAAGAACCGCUGUGAAUAUCUACACAACAAACUGGCACAUAUAAAGAGACUUAUUGCAGAGUACGAUCAACAGCAACUUUAAAAGUAGUUAUUAGACAUUGUUUCCCUGUUAUCUCUGGAAACCAAGCAGAUAAAGGAAAACUCUGGAUUCCGCUUGUGCUAAAAAGAAAUGUUCUCAUGAAAAAUGCCAUGAAGGGAGUAUUUCCCUCAUUGGGGCCAAAGGCUCUAGUGAGGACUGAGCAGGACACAUGAUCUUUUUCUCUCUUUCCUUUCCUUUGUUUUUUUUUUUUUUUUUCCCCCUUCUCUUUUUGGAAGAUGGGGCUGCGCCUGGUGUGGCCAGGCCCAUCUGUGUAGUUACAAUGCAUUCCAGAAAGAAAAGUUCUGUGUGGCUUUGUUUUUUCUCAACAGCCCACCCUUAUAGUGCACAGAGGUCUGAAAGAGUCAAAAACGUGGAUGGUUUCCCAUUUUCUUGGGGAAACAUCCAAAUAAUCUUUUCCUGCUUUUGAAACUGGAGGGAAGGGGACACUGAGCCGAAAACUGCAGAUUGUACGCCAAAAGCAACUCAUUUGUUUUUGAGUAAAGAAAAAUUAAUUUAAUGAUAUUAUCAGUUUUCCCCAUAUACUGAAACGAAUGGUUGUGAUGUUCAGUUUAUAUCUCUGUCUUUCUUUUUAUUUAUUUUUGACACUUAACUGGGGGGAAUGAGUCUGUUUUACACUCCUCAAUACCAGUACUUAAAAGCUGUCUCUCUCUUAUUUGUCCUCACAUCUUGAAUGUCAGCCAGUAUUUUCUUCAGAAGCUGCCUUGCCCAUCUAAUUGUCAAUCUGUUGGCGUUAAGUUUUUUUUUUCCCUCUCUUUUAAAGAGAUGCAGAUAUUUGCUAUUGAUUAAAUCAAAACGAUGCCUCUAAAUGCACACAGUCAGACGCAGGUUUGUGCGCUUGGCUUUUCUUUUCUAAAAAUCAUGUGCAGAUGUCUUAACAAGGGGGGACGAGUGAAAGUUUCCAGUCAGUCUAGAGCUGUAUAUUUUUCUCCUGAACACGGUCUCCUCACUCAGUCACGACGAGCUGCGCUGCUCAUUCACCAGUUGCAGCAGUGGUCUUCAGUUAUGGUUCAUCUAUAUUAAUCUCUUAAUUGGUUGUCUUUCCGAUUUAGUUUGUGAUGGCUUUUGUAGCAAUAGCAGUAUUCAAAGUUAUCUGAAGAGUUCAUCGCCAGCUCUACUUUUCAUUCACGCUAUGGAACAUCCUCUAAUUGUAAGAUGAUGCAGACAGGCGAUUCAGAUCUGCAGGCUUUUUUCUUUUCAUCUUCAAAGUGUUUAGGUUGAUACCACAGAUCUGAUAUCUCUUCACCAUCCUUGCCAAUUUUAGUUAUGUUAAAACAACAGUGUUUACAGUGUCUAUCAGAGGAUCAGGUUUUUUUGGUUUGCUUUCGUCUGCUCAUCGACCCAACACGGUAGUCCAUUCAAGACGACUGUUAAGAUGAAGCCAUCCUUGAUCAUCUUCUGAGUGGAGCCCCGAUGGACCUCCUGUUCAGAGAAGGAAUGCUCACAUGUGACCACUCUUUGCCUUUUUCAAAUGUGAUGUCAGAUAUUCGGCGGAGGAUGAUGCAAAAACAUUUCAUCUCCCCUGGAUCGGCUCCUCCUCCCCGAGGAGUGUCGCAUCGAGAGACGGAUCCACUCAACGUAUCCGAAAAGACAAAUUAGAAAUGCUGUAUCAGAAGUCGAGUCAAGUUAGCGAAUGCAUUUCUUAUAUCGAUCUUUUUAUGUGAAUAUGAAAAAUCAGCACUUUUUCUCCUGAUCUUGCUGUUACCUGGGAGUUUUGUCCAAAUGACACUUUUCUCUUUGUCCACCAGAGUGCAUGCUUUAUGAAUGUGUUACAACGAACAGUCUUUGUAUCUUUACUUGAAAAAAAAAACUGCCCAAGGAUAUCAGAGUCCAAGCAAAAGGCCUAGUCCAACCGAGUUAGUAUGUAAUCAUAAGACAUGGCUCUGACCAGCAUGUAUACCAAAGUGCUUACUGAGUGGGAUGAAACAAAACGCUCUACCAAAUGUUGGCAAAGGAACAUGUCACAGUAUUCUCUACUUUCUGUUAUCAUUUCUUUUGUCCAUAUAAUUCAUCAUCCAGUGGAAACUUUCUCAGUGUUUUCUUGUGAGAAGUCAGAGUCAGAGGCUCCUUUACUUCAGAUGGGAUUUGCAUGACUAGGUGUUUUAAUGUAAUGUCAGGUUUCAGAUUAUAUCACUCUCCAAUUUCAAACACUACAUUAAGGCCAGUGCUCCGAGACUCACCACAACAAUGCUGUGUUGGUCGUGGCUGAGACCGGGUCUGGUUGGGACUGGAUGACGUCUGGGGGCGGGAGGAGACACAAACGUUAACGUCACCAGAAUCAACUCAGCAUCGCCCAGUACUGCAACCUUUAUCAAGAAAGACACUUUUCAUCCAUUCUCACUGUAUUUAUCUUGUUUUCUAGAAACAUUCUGACAUGAUUUACUGUAUUACACCUCUGUUACGGUCAAAAUCCAUUGUGAACGAGCUCAUGAGUAAAUGCAUUUUGCUCAGACAGAGAGCAAACUGUUUGAAAGUAAUGAAAUGCCAGCACAGGAAUACCAUUGUAUGAGUUGAUUGUGCCAAAAUGACCUGUUGUAUAGGGUUUUUUUUUUCUUUUCUCUGAGUAUAUACAUGCUGCUGUAUAAGCAAAGAGGGCUUUGGAGAAGAGUCAUGAAAUGUUGGCGCUAAAACCCAAAGCACGCUUUUUGAAAACCAUAAGGGACUGGGACUGAAAUUGAUCUUUGUUUCAAUAAAAUUCUUUAAAAUCCUUAUUUGUGAAAUUCUGAA